AUGUCACCAACAGUGAUCGAGCUGCGACAGUACACACUACAUCCAGGUCGCCGCGACGACCUGAUCGAGCUCUUCGACCACGAGUUCGUAGAGUCGCAGGAAGCUCUCGGCAUCACCGUCCUUGGCCAGUUCCGCGACGUCCACGACGCGAACCGCUUCGUCUGGCUGCGCGGCUUCAUCGACCUGGCGAGCCGACCGGAGUCCCUUGGCGCCUUCUACGGCGGGCCUGUCUGGGCAGCGCACAAGGACGUGGCUAAUGCGACUAUGGUGACGUUCGACGAUGUGCUGCUGUUGCGGCCGUCAACACCGCUGCCCACGCCGGGCGAACGCGAUGCAGAGACACCGAAGUCCCGCUUCGUCGCCACAAUCCACCUGGCUGAGACGCCGUGGACAGUGGAGACGUUGCCUAAACCCGACGCGCCAGUCCUCGCUGCCUUCACUACCCUCUAUGCCAAGAACAACUUCCCCACGCUGCCGAUCCGUGAAGAUGUCCACGCAUACGUGUGGUUCACGCGCUUCGAUACUGCAGCGGACGCCGAGAGCUUUGUGGCCGAUCGCACCACUGGUGACCGGACGUUGGUCCUGGCCCCAACGGCACGGUCGGCGAUGCGCUGA